CGGCGACUUGAAAAUGGUGAGAAAAGGGAGAUUUUUGAUAUAGUAGUGGUCUUACGCUUUGCCACGAUCUUAUCGUAUCAGUUGUGAUUGACGUGUUCCAUUAAACUGUCAAGUUUUCUCGCAAGACACGUAGUUACCGGUUGAUGCAGAACAAUGGAAGUAGCGUCGAUUGAAUACUGUGAACCAAAGUUGGUGUCCCAUGGAUUCCACUUCAAAGCCUGCGAGCAGGGAGUUGUAGUUAAAGCUUUGAAACUUGAAAAGGGACUGUUUAUUUGGGUCGGAGCUCUGUCUCAGCCUGUCUUAGAGGAUCUGGCGCUGUCCAUGUCCACACCAUAUGAACAUGAUCCUAUUCAGACAAAAUUAAUGGGAGAUGUUCUGAACAUGACAUCAAUGAAUCUCGGCUCUCGGCUGUCGAAGAAGUUGGGUAAACCCGUCUACUUGAGCUUCAAUUUGGAAUGCGACAAAAUGUCUCUGCCAGCCAUUGAAGCUGGCAUAGUGGAAGAAAUCAAGAAGCAUCCUCACCUUUUUUAAGAGGAUAACAUUUCUGUAAAGAAG